CGGAGUCCGUGUGCGCGCGUGACCGGCUAAAUGAGACUCCGCCCUUUCACGCGGCGGCGGCUUUGAAGCUCGGUGGCGGCGGUGGAGGGUCACUGCGCGCGCACGCACGUGGUCACACCGGGGGACGGCACGUUCACGGACGCCGUGUUGUUCAGGAAAGUUUCCGUCCGGGGGGUGGGGGGUGGGGAGUGCAUGCGGACUUUUACAGCGGGAAGUUGGCGCUCUGUCGGUGCGGACCUCCAUGAAGACAGCCGCUCGACAUGAACCCGGCGCCGGAAGAAGAACCGACCGACAAGCGGAGCGGAUCGGACCAGAACCAUGACGCGCCGGAGGAGCCGCGCGCGGGCGCCGCCGGAGCCGCCGCCGGAGCCCCGCCGCCCACCCGGCUGUACAAGCGGCGCUGGAUGAUCGUGCUGCUGUUCAGCAGCUACUCGCUGUGUAACUCGUACCAGUGGAUCCAGUACGGCAUCAUCAACAACAUCUUCAUGAAGUUCUACGGCGUGGAGACCUUCACCAUCGACUGGAUGUCCAUGAUCUACAUGCUGACCUACAUCCCACUCAUCUUCCCGGUCACCUGGCUGCUGGACAGGAAGGGGCUGCGGGUCAUCGCGCUCGCCGCCACGGCGCUCAACUGCGCCGGCACGUGGAUCAAGGUGGCCAGCGUGCGCCCGGACCUGUUCCCCGUCACCUUCCUGGGGCAGUUCUGCAGCUCGCUGGCGCAGGUCUUCAUCCUGGGGAUGCCGGCGCAGACGGCGUCGGUCUGGUUCGGUUCGGAGGAGGUGUCCACCGCCUGCUCCAUCGGAGUCUUCGGGAACCAGCUGGGCUGCGCCAUCGGCUUCCUGCUCCCCCCCAUCCUGGUUCCGAACGUGGACGACAUGGACGAGCUGGCUCACCACAUCCGGGUGAUGUUCUACAUCACGGCGGGCGUGGCCACCUUCCUCUUCAUCCUGGUGGUGUUUGUUUUCCAGGAGCGCCCGGAGCUCCCCCCGACUCUGGCUCAGGCGGCGGCGCGCUCCACCCCCUCCGAGGACUACUCCUACGUGGCCUCCAUCCGCCGGCUGAUGCGGAACCGGCCCUUCGUCCUCCUCAUCAUCAGCUACGGUCUGAACGUGGGCUGUUACUACGCCGUGGGGACGCUGCUGAACCGCGUCAUCAUCCAUCAUUAUCCUAACGAGGAGGUGAACGCCGGGAGGAUCGGCCUCACCAUCAUCAUCUCAGGCAUGGUGGGCUCGCUCAUCUGUGGGAUCUGGCUGGACCGAACCAAGACCUACAAACAGACCACGCUGGCCGUCUACCUCAUGUCUCUGGUGGGGAUGGUCGUCUUCACCGCCACGCUGGAUCAGGGACUGCUGUGGGUGGUCUUCAUCACCGCCGGAUCUCUGGGCUUCUUCAUGACGGGGUAUCUGCCGCUGGGCUUCGAGUUCGCCGUGGAGCUGACCUACCCGGAGUCGGAGGGAACGUCGUCCGGCCUGCUGAACUGCUCGGCUCAGGUCUUUGGGAUCAUCUUCACCAUCUGCCAGGGGAAGAUCAUCGACGGCUACGGCACGCGGGCCGGGAACAUCUUCCUGUGCGUCUUCCUGCUGAUCGGCACCAUCAUGACGGGUCUGAUCAAGUCUGACCUGAGGAGACAGAAGGCCAACCGGAUCGCCAAAGAAGAAGCCGAGAGGCUGAUGUCGGGCCAGGACUAUGGAGCCACGGCCCUCCUCGCCCAGACGCCGCCCGCUUCCUCUCAAGCCUGACCAAUCAAACUCUUUCGUUUCCACAAACAAAUCUCUGCAAAUCUUAGCUCGACUCUCAGAAGCACAAAGGACCCGCCCACACGCCAAAGCGGAAGCCUGGAUGCCAUUUCAGUCAUCAAAGAGGCGGAGCUUUAGCCACCCGCCGUCAGGAACCUGAAGCGUUCCUCCAGAUCAAAGAUCAGAACGGCUGUUUGUGCCUUCAGUGAGGAAAAUGUAAAAAUGACGUCAGUUUGAUCUGAACAUCACUGUAAAUACUGAGGAAUGAAGCUAUGAUUUAGAGGAUGUUUGAGAGGAUGUUUAUAACACUGUUGUUGUUUACUUUCUUAGAAAAUAAAUCUGUUUUAUAAAACUUUAA